AUGAUUAUCAUUGCUUUCUUGUUAUUGUCUCCUUACAUGAGCCUCAAUCUUAUCAAGAGGCCUCUUCUAACCUUUUUUGAUAGUAAGCUAUGCAAGAUGAAUUACAAGCUCUUGAGAAAACUUGUACAUGGGAUUUAGUUGGUCUUCUUGUUGGUAAGCCUUUGGAAGGUUGUAAAUGGGUGUACAAGAUCAAAACUCGGUCUAAUGGUUCCAUGGAGCGUUAUAAGGCUCGUUUGGUUGCUAAAGGAUUUACUCAAGAAUACGAGAUUGAUUAUGAGGAAACCUUUGCACUUGUUGCUCAUCCUACUUCAGUUCAUAGUUUGAUUGUUAUUACUGUUGCAAAAGGAUGGAAGUUAUUUCAGAUGGAUGUGAAAAAUGCCUUUGUAAAUGGUGAUCUGGCAGAGGAAGUUUACAUAAAACCAUCUCCUAGACUUGAGCAUCCUUCAAACAAAGUUUGUUGAUUGAAGUGAGUUUUAUAUGGUUUAAAGCAAGCACCUCGAGCAUGGUUUUGCCAAGUUUAGUACCACCAUUAAUGAAUUUGGUUUUACUUC